AUGUGCUGUGUGAGAGACGGCAGUGCGAUGCAGGCUGCCAGUCACACGGCUAAUCACAUCGGCCCCGAGACAGACGCAAUGAAGACACAGAGAAACGACAGACCGCCAGACACCUGCAGAGGCACCAUCCAUGUGUGUGUGAGGGGGAGUGGGGGCAAGGAGAGGGAGAGGAGCAACCACCGCCCGACCACCACCACCCGACCACCACCCGACCACCGCCACCCAACCACCCAACCACCACCCGACCACCACCACCCGACCACCGCCACCCAACCACCCAACCACCACCCGACCACCACCACCCGACCACCACCUGACCACCGCCACCCAACCACCCAACCACCACCCGACCACCACCACCCGACCACCACCACCCAACCACCACCCGACCACCACCACCCAACCACCAACCGACCACCACCACCCAACCAAAACCACCCGACCACCACCGCCCGACCACCACCACCCGACCACCACCCGACCACCGCCACCCAACCACCCAACCACCACCCGACCACCACCACCCAACCACCACCCGACCACCACCACCCAACCACCAACCGACCACCACCACCCAACCAAAACCACCCGACCACCACCGCCCGACCACCACCACCCGACCACCACCCGACCACCGCCACCCAACCACCCAACCACCACCCGACCACCACCACCCAACCACCACCCGACCACCACCACCCGACCACCGCCACCCAACCACCCAACCACCACCCGACCACCACCACCCAACCACCACCCGACCACCACCACCCGACCACCACCACCCAACCACCACCCGACCACCACCACCCAACCACCAACCGACCACCACCACCCAACCAAAACCACCCGACCACCACCGCCCGACCACCACCACCCGACCACCACCCGACCACCGCCACCCAACCACCCAACCACCACCCGACCACCACCACCCAACCACCACCCGACCACCACCACCCAACCACCAACCGACCACCACCACCCAACCAAAACCACCCGACCACCACCGCCCGACCACCACCACCCGACCACCACCCGACCACCGCCACCCAACCACCCGACCACCACCCGACCACCACCACCCAACCACCACCCGACCACCACCACCCGACCACCACCACCCAACCACCACCCGACCACCACCAACCGACCACCACCACCCAACCAAAACCACCCGACCGUAACCACCUGACCACCACCCGACCACCGCCACCCAACCACCCAACCACCACCCGACCACCACCACCCGACCACCACCACCCAACCACCACCCGACCACCACCCGACCAUAACCACCUGACCACCACCACCACCCACCACCACCCGACCACCGCCACCCAACCACCCAACCACCACCCGACCAUAACCACCUGA